AUGGGAAGCAAAAAAUUUGUAGCUUAUUUACCACGCAGAACUGGGCCAUCACCAAUCGAGAUUGCGAAGGAGUUGGUGCGAUCUCGGCAGAAGGAGCACGCUGAAAAGGUUGCCGUUGCGAAACAGCAGAGUGCUGAAACUGCCGCUGCCAUAGCUCUAAGCCACCGGCUUAAAGAAGCGUGCCGAGUUCAGGCUGAGUUUGUAUCGAGCAUCCGAGUCAGGGAGGAGCUGCUCGAAUGUAAGAAGAAAUGCGCUGAUAUUAUCGCACAAAACGAGAAACGGUUGGGAGAAAGUGGAUUCUCGCAACACCCUGAGGCUUCUGAAUACAAGACUCAGGAAGUAACAUCUGAUGAUCCCGAAAAAGCACUACAGCAAACGCCAUUUGAAAGAAGUGAAAUACCAUGA